AUGGCGACUGCGGGCGUCGAGAACCAACCUCCUGAAGCACCAGCAUGGCGCGAAAACCUCAACACACAUCUUAUCUGCCCCGAUUGCAAGCAGGUACCUCCUGAUCUGAUUGAGGAGAAUGCCGACACCAUCUGUGCCAACUGUGGGAUGGUCCUUGCUGAACGUUUGGUCAGCUACGAGUCCGAGUGGCGUACCUUCAACUCUGAUGAAGGCAAGGGCGAGGAUCCCAACCGUGUCGGAGAAGCCGACAAUGAGUUGUUUCUCACUAACAACGCUGGUACAUUGAUCGGUGGUGGCGGUCCCAACGUAUCGAAGGAGACACGGAAGCUCAAGAAGGCGCAGGCGAUGCAACAGGAAAAUAAGGCGGACAAGGCUCUGCAGACCGCUUACGCGCAAAUCGAGGCUUGGGGGGAGAAGGCCAAGCUCACGGCUACCAUCAAAACUACCGCCAAAAUGUACUUCAAGCGGGUUUACGAAGCGAACGCCCUCCGUGGCAAGCAGACAGAGGUCAUUUUGGCCGGAUGCCUCUUCAUUGCUUGCCGUCAGCAUCAAGCGCCCCGGUCCUUCAGUGAGAUCUUCGGAUUGACGUCCGUCCCCAAGAAGGAGAUUGGACGAGCAUACAAAAACCUGGAGAAGUUUCUUACCAAGUCGUCGAAUGAGAGUAUUCAAGCAAUCGAAGAAAGCGGCGGCAUUGCGAAUCGGAAUCUUCUCGGGUUCAAGAGUACCCAGUCAACUAAACCCGAAGACCUUUGUGACCGGUACUGCAACAUGGUGGGAUUGCCUUUCCGAGUGUCGACCAUCGCGCGCGAGCUUGCACAAAAGAUCCCUACCGUCGAAGGGUUGGCCGGCCGGAGCCCGUUGUCCAACGCUGCCGCAUGCACCUAUUUUGCCAGUCACUUGCUGGGAUUUGGGAAGUCCACGAAGCAAAUUAGCGAAGUUGCCGGUGUGAGUGAUGCAACUAUCAAGCAUGCCUACAGAUACCUUCUUCAAGCAAAAGACUCCUUGGUUGAGCCAAGCUGGCUGGGUGAGCAGGGAAACGCCGGCGGGUUCGGCGAUCUGAAGAAUCUUCCCGGUGCUUGA